CGGGUCUCGAGUGCUGCCGGGUGUGGGGCAAGGCGGCAGGGGACAAACCCGCGUCGUUUACGGCGCUCAGCCGGGGACGGCGGUUAGCGCGACUUCUCCUACGAGUGUGGAGGAAGGCGCCGAGUCGACCACCGCCUCCAGGUACGUGCGACGGGCCGCCUAAAGGUUCGACAACAAGCUCGAAACACGCCGCCGCAGUGCCCACGCUCAGCUAGCCUUAGCGCGCGUCGCCGCUCCGCUUCCGGGAACGCCGUGACGCGCUUCCGGGUGCGGCUCGUAAUAUCCGCCCGCGCGCGAGGGUAGACUACUUCCCGUGCGUCUGCCGCUGGUGGGCGCUGUGUCGCACCUGUGCGGAGGAGAUGUAUACAUGUCGGAGACUACCUCCAGCCUUAGUGGCAAACGUUUUGGACAAUUUUUCCGUAAGACUCAAUAGCACUGGGAAAAGACCCUCUGCUCCAUUGGGAUCAAGGAUUCUAACUGACCCCGGAGACGUCUUCAAGCACAACAUGUGGGAUCAUGUGCAGUGGACAGAGGAGGAGAAAGAAAAGGCCCGCCGGAAGGCAGAGGAAAAUUCUUCGGUUCGCAUUCCUUUAGAGGAACAAGGUAAAUACGACACGAAGGCUUGCACGUACUGGGACAGGUUUUAUGAGACGCACCAGGGCCGGUUCUUCAAAGAUCGCCAUUGGCUGUUUUUAGAGUUCCCAGAACUGCUGCCUUCGAGCCCUCGAAACAUUGCCACAGAUGGGUGUCAUGGUGGACAACGAGCCUCGUGCGCACCACCGGGUGGGCCCCCCGUGGACUCGGAUACCAGGCGCCAUCAGCACGGUGGUCUCACUCAACAACACAAAAAGGAUGACACAACCGAAUGCCAGCCGUCACGUAACGGAGAAGAGGGAGGAAAUGAUGAAUUUGCCGUAAACGCUACCUCUUUCCCUGGACAACAUGCCGCUUUCAGGAUCUUGGAGGCUGGUUGUGGGGUGGGUAACAGCGUGUUCCCCAUUGUCAAUUCGAUGAAAGAAACGGGUGCAUUCUUGUACUGUUGUGACUUUUCCUCCCGUGCCAUUCAGCUAGUCAAGGACCAUCCGGACUAUAAUCCCUCUUCGUGUCACGCCUUUGUCCACGACCUGCGGGAAGAAACGGCGUCCUUUCCCUUCCCUCCGCAGAGCCUGGAUGUUAUUCUGGCGGUCUUUGUGCUCUCCUCCAUUCAUCCGGCGCGAAUGCAAGGAACUGUGAACCGACUGUGCCAAUACCUGAAACAAGGAGGGACGUUUCUCUUUCGGGAUUACGGCAGAUACGAUUUCUCCCAGCUCAGGUUUAAGAAAGGACGGUGUCUAUCAGAGAAUUUCUACACCCGUGGCGAUGGAACAUGCGUCUACUAUUUCACGAAAGAUGAGGUUCACAGAUUAUUUUCCAACGCCGGACUGGAAGAAAUUCAGAAUUUGGAGGACAGGAGGCUUCAAGUGAACAGAGGGAGGAAAGUUGUAAUGCGCCGAGUGUGGAUGCAGGGCAAAUACAGGAAAACCCAUCCGACUCCUCCAUCUUAACACCCGGCGUCGCGCAGCCUCGGUGUGCGACUCCCGCCUUUUCAUCUGACACACGUUUAGUCACCAACGCUGAAGAAGAAGAGGAGGGGGGGGGAGAACAAGGACCAACCGAAGAACCGUGAAACGGAGAAUUUACCGCAUCAUGCGGGUCUCCGGGGAAUAUGUUGAUCAAACGUAUGGAGAAAGACGAGUUUGUGGAAUAAAAUGGC